GGUGGCAGCACCGAAGUAAAGCUUAUAAAGACCGCCGGACGUAGCGCUGGUAACGUUCAGUGUAAUCAAAAUCAAUGUAAUGCAGUCCUCGGUGGGUUAUAGUGCGUACUUUAUCGUGUUUCCCCGUUCUUAUUGAAAAAAUUUUGACCAUGUCCAAUGGAAUUUCAAGUUUAGGUGAUGGAUCAAGAAAUACUAGAGAACGAUAUACCGAGUAGGGUAGUUUGAGGGGGGCGCAGGGGAAGCACUCAACCGAGAUGGACCAACCUAACCCUAACCCUUCGAAUCCGAGCCUCAAGAGGCAUGCUGCCACCUCUGAAAGUGAAGGUGGAUCACCUCCAAAAAAAAAGCAUAAAAAUCCUCAACCAAAGAACGCAGUAUGCGCUUUGAAUGAGUUAAAAACAGGAGCUACUUAUAAAGUAGUUGGUCAAACUGGUCCUACACAUGCUCCGAUCUUCACAAUAGCAGUACAGAUCGAUGAUCAAAUUUAUGAGGGAAAGGGACGGACCAAAAAAAUGGCAAAACAUGCAGCUGCUGAACUGGCUUUGAGAAACAUUGUACAAUUCAGAAAUGCUCCUGAGGUUCAUCAAGCUAUAAACCUCAUUUGCCAUCCUAUUAUUCCUAUCGAACCGGAUUUUACUAGCGAUGUCACAGAAAGGGACAAUCACCUGGUGAAUACAUUCAAGACACUCAUUCAAGAGCCUAAGAAUACCAGCAAGUUUCUCGACAAGGGACCAGUGGCUCUGAUAAAUGAACUUUAUCCUGGAGUUAUUUAUAAGUGUGUAUCGGACAGUGGCGAGAGCUAUGCUAAAUUCACAAUUGCCGUUACUAUAGAUGGUGAAACUUUUGAGGGAACUGGACCCAGCAAAAAGCUGGCCAAGGCUGCAGCUAGUAAAGCUGCUCUUGCAAAAUUAAAGAAUGUUCAUAGUUCGUCAUUUAGAAGCCAAAUCCCUGCACGCGUUGUGUCAAGCUUUUCGAGCUGUGGUCACUGGCAAGAGCAAAUGACGUUACCACAGAUGCUUGCUGAUAAAAUUGGAAAAAUGGUUAGUCAGAAGUUCACUGAACUUAUGCAAAGCAAACCUCAGCAUGCAAGACGCAAGGUUUUAGCUGGAAUUGUACAGACUCGUGGAGCUGAUGCCGAACUUAUCUGUGUUACAACUGGUACCAAAUGCGUGUCUGGCGAACAUCUCAGUGUCAGUGGUGGGGCUCUGAAUGAUUGCCACGCAGAGGUAGUCGCACGAAGAUGUUUGUGUGAAUAUUUAUAUAACCAGCUUGAACUACAUUUGGAAAAUCGAUCGCAAGAUUCAAUUUUGGAAGCAACUAAAAAAGGAUAUAAGUUACGAGAUGGGAUACAAUUCCAUUUGUACAUAAAUACUGCUCCUUGUGGCGAUGCGAGGAUAUUCUCACCUCAUGAAGAGAAUGAAGCUGUUGAUAAACAUCCCAACAGACGGGCUAGGGGUCAGUUGAGAACUAAAAUUGAAUCUGGUGAAGGUACUAUUCCUGUCAAAAGCAGCGAGGGUAUCCAAACUUGGGAUGGCGUACUUAUGGGUCAGAGGCUGUUGACGAUGUCGUGCUCAGACAAAAUAGCUCGAUGGAACGUUUUAGGGGUACAAGGUGCUCUUCUGAGUCACUUCAUCGAGCCAAUUUACUUACACAGCAUCGUUCUUGGCAGCCUACUCAAUCCAAGCCAUAUGUAUCGCGCAGUUUGUGGUCGAAUCGAAAAUACAAUUCAAGGUCUUCCACCUCCUUACCGUCUUAAUAAACCACUCAUGAGCCUGAUUACAUCCUCGGAAGUUAGGCAACCAGGAAAAGCCCCGAAUUAUAGCGUUAAUUGGACAAUCGGACAAACUGAUGCUGAGGUGAUUAAUUGCACUACUGGUAAAGAUGAAGUGGGAAAACCAUCAAGGAUAUCAAAACAAGGAUUGUUCCGGAAGUUCUUCAAUUUGGUGGGACGAAUGAAUACGAUCGAUUAUGUGGACACUCACGAAUGUCGCCACUAUUUCGAUGCCAAAUCAUCUGUCGAAGAUUAUUCGCUGGCAAAACGUCAACUGAAGGAUGCCUUUGUGAGAGCUCAACUUGGCAGCUGGGUAAAAAAACCGAUAGAGCAAGAUAUGUUCGAGGUUGAUAUCUGACUAGGCUCGAUGAUUUCUGGGACGUUCGACAGAACGAGAUCCAGGAUUUCGGAGUAUGUAGUUCCUAGCGUAAAAUAGAUCGCUCGCUCGGCGUGUCAUGUCUCGGCAGAGUUUGGCACCAGUAAAGCAUAAAUCAUAGGAUCUCACUCAGUUUUAAUCUUGACUAUUUAGGAUAGGUCUUUAUCAAAGAAACAGUUGGAAUUUCUAUUAUUUGGAAAUUCCUUCGUUUGAGUUAUAGUAAUUCAAAAUUGAUAAAAAUAAACGUCAUCCGACUUUAUCGUUCGCAUAAAGUCAUAAAUUUGGACCAUACAUUGUGGAAGAUACACAAAUUCUUGAAACGCGUUUUCUUAAUAAUUGGAUUGGAUACAAUUAAACUCCCAUUUUGAUUCAUUUAGCCUUUUUUGCAGUCUAUACUCCAAAGUGUGGAGUUUGACAAUAAGUAAUGUUCUCUAACUGUAUCUACUCAAAAUGAUUAUAUCACAAGUUAUGGUCCAUUUAUAAAAAAGUUGACUUCGACUAGUGCCAUUUUUCUCUUGCCUAGAAGUACAAUGAAAUAAUUCAUAGACUGGUGGUAGAAUAAGGUAUAUUAUUUGACUCUAGACUUUACAGUAAACGCGUAGUGGCCUUAGAUUUUAUGUUGGUUUGAUGUGAAAUACCUCAACGAAAGACAAUGAGAAUACCAGUUAAACAUAUCCACCUUUUAACGUAUAAUUAAUUGAUACUUAGUUUAGGUAACUCGUGAUAAAAGGUCACCCUCAAGUGGCUGGAUCUUAUUACACAUAACAUCUAAUAAUCGUAUCUUAGUUAAUCCAAUAUCGGUUUUGGAGUAAAGUUGAAAACGUCAAUCGAGUUUGUUGUUAGUUAUAAGAUAAGGUGGACUUCAGUAUCCCCAUGCUACGCGUAUUGCGUGUAAAAAACAUAACGAAGUUUACAAUCGUUUUAUGUUGUUAUCAACGAUGUUAUGUCAAUCAUUGACGGUUGCUUUCCAUUUAUGAAGCGAUACAGCUUAAUGCACCGCAUCCCUGAUGGCUGUGAAUGAAAUCAAUCUUGAUAAGUUAUGAUGUAAUUGUUCAUUGUUAUCAUUUGGUACAUGAAAAAUCUUAGAAAAUUUCCGCUUGUAAUGGUUUAGUUUUUGUUGGAGGAUUGAUCUUUCUCCUUUCACUAGCCAAUUAAGCUGUUUUAUCGUUCGAUACAGCUGUGCUCAAGAUAAUAUCGAUGUGAACACCACAGGUGGUGUAAUACCAAAUAAGAAACAGUAGAAAAUCCUAUGAUUAUUGCCUCACUGUGCCAGUAUUAGUAAACAAGACAAACUCACAAUAAUUCUGCCGUAGUGGCACACUGCUCGAAGACGGUCCAGUUUUGCGCAAAAGCCCUGCUACAUUAUAGGAGCUAGUUUAUUCCGAAAGGUAAACACUUAUAAUAUUGACCAUAUACUAGUCAAAGCCUCAAUAUUCAAUAAUACCAAACAUAAUAGUAUUAGUAUUAUCUAAGAGAUCGUUUGCUCGACAAGUUAUUAUAUUCUUCCUAAGUCAAGUUUUUAAUAGAACAGUUGUAGGUACUAGAUGAGAAGCUCAAAAAUUUUUAGAUGCAAUUAAAGUGAUCAGAAUUCUAGUUACAUCACGCAUUAGUUUUUAAAUGCAGUUAGUAUACCUAAUAAUCCCAAUCAAAUCACGCUUGUUACAUCAAAUUUUAAGUUUCUCAAUAUUCUUCCUAUUCGGUAUUACCUAAUAUCGGCUUUACUAGUAUUUUAUUCAGCAUCUCUCCAUUUACAGUGUAUAAAUGACGUUUAUAUCUUGAAAUUUAACUCUCAAGUGAGUGAUUACAAAGCGUAGUAAACGUAGUUCUGAGUUAAUCCGUUUGUAUCAAGAUUUGUAACAAAUGUAAUUUAUGAACCAUUUCAAUAGAACAUCAAGUAUCUUAUUAAGGUUCUAGACGAUGUCUUCUUUUGCUGUACAUUUAACAUAAUACUGCAAAGAAUUACUAGUAUUGAAUGAAUAAUAUCGCGAAAAUGGUACAUUCGUUUUAAGGUAAAAGUUUCAACAAUUAUUACUAGGAUAUUAUACGUAUGUAUAUGGGUAGUAAUCUCCAAAUAAUUGUAGCUAGGAUCGACAGUACAGCAGCUAGAAAUCUUCAAAUUAUUAGUCAUCGACGAAAAUUUCAGCCUGUUAGAUUUUAAGCUUAACUAGUGCCUCUAGUUAUAAAAAUGAAAGAAAUCGAGAACGACGUUGGGAAAUAUAUGUCAACUUCUUGAUUCUAUUAUCAACUGAUAUUUAAUUGAAAUUGCCAAACUAGUUUGAGAAUUUCUUCAAUCGAUUCUACCACAAUGAAUUAUAGUUACCUAAAAUAUUAUGGAAGGUAAAUUCAUAUUUCAAAAUACGGAUCUACGCCGGGCUCAUGAUCAAUUAAUUCUACAUUUCUCAAGCACAUCAAUUCAAUUUUUACUCACCCUUGCUACUUACAUUAAUUUGAUCUUAUGUUAUUGAAAUUUUUUUAUUUGUAAAUGUUACCAUUGUUCGUGCGAAUAUUGUCACAAUUUGUAUAUGAUAUCUAUAUACAUAUGUCUCUUAAACAAGCAUAUGUUUUUGAUCUAAUUUUAAAUGUCCCACUUAUUAUUUCAUCAUUCCAAACGCCAAACGGCCGACUGGCAAAAUAUUUUUUAUUUCAUCUGGCAAGAAAAUGCGUUGGUGUACCCUAUUAUAAACCAGUAACGUUUAGAUGACGUGCUUACCAUAAUGAUAUUACACCCAAUAAUAUAUUGACGGAUAUUUUGCAUCAUAUUAAUGGACCCCUAUGUGGAUUGGAUGUAUUAUAGAAAAUGAGAUGCCAACUAAUUACGUAGAAUAUCUACAUAUACCUAAAAAAUAUAUGAUAACCAAUUAAAGACAUAAUAUAUGAAACAUUCUCAAAUGAUGUAGCAUAAAAUGAAAAAUUGAUUGUUUCCCCCAUGUCAUUUUUCAAUUUUUCAAUUAUGCAGUUACAACAGCUAUCACGAUGAAACAUUCUAAAUUCAACUUUAUUUGCUCGUUGCAAUAAUUAUAAAUUUCAACUUAUUACCUCAGUUUUACUUACGCACAUUCCACCAGAUGAAAGUUAUGAAUAUUGUUUCCAAUUCCUUUCAACUUUCUCAUUGUCCACAACAGGUUCAUAUUCAAUGUUUUAAAAGCAUGCAAAAUAAAUAAGGAAAAUAAUCAAGCGAGGCCACAUUUUUCAACACGUUAACUCUUAUAUUGUAUUUUUCUUCUGUAUACAUUAGAUUAAUUUUUUUGCCUAUGAGGUACUGCCUACACAUUACCCAACUAUUAUUGUCAUACUUUGCAAUAUCUGCUGAAUAGCAAGCUGCUAUUAUUGUUCCAGUGUUCCUUAUGACACACGAAAAAUUGAAUCAACUAAAAUUUUUUUAACAUGAAAAUGAUCAUGCAUUUUUUUAUAAAUCAACGUAUCUUCGUAUCACUUGACAUUAAUCACCAGCUGUAUCAUUACGGAGAAAAUUAGCAAUUUUAAUUAUUCGUCAAAUUUGUUUUCAAUAAACUUAUUGAAGACAUUAUUGAUUCAUUUUUUUGCCAGUAAACAGGUGUCUUCGAUUCUUUUGAUAACUUAAUAAAAACUUCCACAAUAACAAAAACAUUUGUUUGACUGACGAGUGAAGAUUUUCUACAUUCUAGAUGAAGCACAUGUAUUUUGUGAUCUGUUAUGACAAUGGUUAUCAUUAUGUAAAGUAUGACAAUUUCGUUUGAAAAUUUGUAAGUUAUAUACGAAUGUAGGCAAUUCAAAUGCUUUUUCUUUACAUAUAUAUUUUUUUUUAUCUGAUAUGUAUUAGUUAUUUUGCCGUAGGUCCGUCAUUACUCGCUACGUAUAUGUAGUAAUAAUCAUUACUUUUCAUCUCAUUUAAUUUACUUAUAAAACCAUUGUUUUCUUCUUUCAUCUUUUGUUUUUCUCAUUCCUUUUUCACACCGAACAACGAGCUAUAGACCUAAAUCGUAUCAUCUAAUUAUUUUAAUAGCUUGUUACUUGACUCACGGUCAAAUAUUAUACAAUUUAUCUUUCACCAUUCGCGUUUUUAUUGUAUAAUUCAAGAAAUAACUUCAAAGAGCAUCAAUAUAUUUUCGAGCAAAACACGAUGUGUGUCAUCGAUAGAAAAAAUAAAAUUUAAUACCGGUGAAAAGUAAUUCGAGCAUAGAUAAAUUUUAAUUAAGAAUAGAAUACGCAAUUGUAAAAGGAAACUAUAUUUUGGAUAAGGGUAUUUUAACUUAUUAUGAUAUAACAAAUAUACGUAACAUUGUGGCAUACUUAUAUUCAAUCUUACACGCAUAAUUAUUUCUUGUAUGUCAUUAUUAUGUAUACCUUCUAAAUUAUCUUAAAUACUUAACAUCUAAUUUCAGUUAAACAUUAACUUUCUUGUGCCUCAAGGCAAAAUCGAUCGUUUCAAUGAUGGCCUGAAAUAAUGAAUUCAUUUUUCGAAUUCUAAUAAUUAUACGCUGCAGUAUUAAAAUCGAUUAAAACUUUCUCGAUGGUAAGACACGUAUUAAAAAUGAAAUAAAAUAAUUACCCAUACCAAACUAAAACUGUCCCUAUUUUACCGAAAAAAUGAGUUUGUUUUCAAUAUUCGGUUACCUUCUAUAUUUUGAAAAAAAAAAUUUUGCCUCAUAUGAUAUUGAAUAACAUGCGUAUGGUGAUAAUUGUCCUUUACUACAUAAUAUAUGUAUGUAUACCUAUAGUAAAAUAUCAAUGCAUAUGUAACUAUUUGUAGGACUUACUAAUUUAUUCACAACAAGUUUGAAGAAUUUAUAAAUCAUAUAAUAAUGAAGAAUGAUAACGCUAAUAAUAUUUUAACAACUUCACAAGGAUAUGUACAACACACCGUUAGAUAGUCAAAAUGUACAACAAUUAUGCAGAGUAAUACGAGACACGUGUGUAUAAUAUCAGGAGAAAAAUCGGAAGAAAAAAUACGAGACAAUUGAUACAACUUCAAAAUUAAAAAAAAAUUACUUGCCACGAAACAUUUAUUAAAACGUGUCAGCAUAAUAAUUAAAUUUUCUCACGACGUGUCAAGUAUAAUUCUUCGUAGCUGUAUUUACAGAUAUUCGCACGUUCAAUAGGUACAUAUUAUUCGUUUGUUGAAACCAGUUUGAAUAAAACACCACAACAGUGUAAUAAUAAUGGAA